AUGGCCUCGCAGCCUCCGGCGGGCUCUGGACCUUUGCCGGCCUCCUCGGCCGGCCCUGAUCGAGGCUCCAGAGCCCCUCUGGAGCCGUCCCCAACCUCAAGGGCUAAACGCCGCCGCGGUACCGAGGCCCAGCUAUCCCAGCCCAGCCUCGCGGGAAGCCAGCCUGACGCCUCUACGACAACCCCCUUAACGGCUAAGGGGCCCUCAACCGUGAAUGGGAUAGCUGCUGGAGCUAUCCUUACAGCCCUUAACGAAGAGGCUAAGCACUAUGAAGCCCGAAAGGAUGUCUUUAUGGCUAUCGCCCAGUCUGUGGAUAACGUGGUCUCUUGCUUUGAGGGACCUAGGAAGCAGAUCGCGAAGGAGGCUACAACCUAUGUGAUCCAAGCCUUGAAGAGGAUUAUGUGGAAUGAGUCUGCAGCCCCGAACCCAAGCCGGAACUGGGCUGACGUGGCGGCCUCGGCUGCAACUGCAGCUGCAGCCCCAGCCCCAGCCCCAGCCCGCACCCGGAACCCAAUCCAGCCCCAGGCCCAGACUCAGACUCUAACCCAGCCACAGGAGGACCUCCGGGUCUUUGCCCGCAUCCCUGAGGAGGGUUUAACAGCUGCUAGGAAGCACGCCCCUUUUGCCCUUCGUCGGAAAGUCUGCCAGGCCCUUAGCCUCCAGCUGGCAGAUAUCCCACAUAUCUACCACAUUACAACUGGCUACUCGCUGAGACCCCUGAAUAAGCAGGUCCAGCAAGCCCUCCUUACAAACAAGCAGAAACUCGCUGAUAGUCUGGGAGCUUAUAAGGUUGAGUCCCCUACUAAGUGGUUUACUUAUGUCGUCCCACGCUGCCCUGCUAAGAUGUGGACUCUUGAAGGCGAUGCCCUUGACCCAGCUGCUCUGGUUGAAGACGAGGUCCUCGCCCAAACAGGGCUUAAGCCCACCCGGGCCUAA